ACGAACAAAACAGACGACAGUGAAUUUUGUUUCAAGAAUGUAAACAUAAACCAUUCUAACGCUACACAAUUAUGUUUGUUCUUUCAUUUCUGCGGAACCUCUUUAAAACAGGAAAAAAGGUGAACAUGGCUACUGUGCCAAUUAAUCAACAUGCUUUUGAUUUCUGUACGAUAGAAGAAACUGGCGACUUCCAAUCUCAGAAUUUUGAAGAAAACGGCAAUUUUGAAAAGACCUCCGCUGAUCAGACAGCCUGCAACACAGAGAGCGUGAAUAGGAAAUUGGCUCAAAACGGAAGUACUUUUGACAAAGCUGGAAGUAUGAAAGAAGAGAGAAACAAUGGAACGAAUAAUGCACAUUCAGCGGUUACAUUAGAGGACACGAAAUAUUUUAAGUUAGUACCUAAUACCAGAACACCUACCACUGAUGAUGAAAAAAUACAAACGGAACAAGUAAAAUCGUCUGCCACAUUAACACUGGAAGAAUUAGAAGACGCUGAAUCAACUACUCAACCACGCACAGAAGUCAACACUAGUAGUGCAGAGAUGUUGACCAAAGACGUACAUCACAAAGACAAGCCAGGCGAAACUGAUACUCAACAUUUGGCCUCAGAAACCAGUGCGAUCCGUAAACUUCCAGGGGAAGAAAUUGGUUCAGAUGGAAAAGCACCUGUGAAUGAAGGACAGCUGACCGCAAAAGAGAGAAGACUGUUAUACAAAAAUCAUUUCGGUUCACAAAUUAUGAAGCCUGAGGAGUUAAACGAGGCACGGAAAUUUUUUGGAUUAACAACAUUUAAAUCAAACGACUCUACAGAUUUGGCUGACACUCAGUCAAAUAGCAAACUAGAUGCAGAAAUCAUAUCCAAUUAUGAAGAUAUACAUGCAGAUAACACACAUGAAAUACAAGUGGUAAGCGACGUUGAUACCCCUAAUUCGCACUCUAACGUUUGUGCGAUUAUGGAACUAUCAGGCCAGGAGACUAGCCCAAAAGAAAAUAUUCCAGCGGAACAGAAACCUUCGACUGCCAAACAGAAGUGUGAGCUGAACGAAGGGCGUCUCAAAACAUACUCCAUUUCUCGUGAGGAGAUAAAAGAAGUACUGCAACCUGUUGGAUUAGCAAUAAAUUUGGCAGACACUCAGUCAAACAGGAAAUUAUGUGCAGAAAACACGCCUGAAAUGCAAAUCGUAGGCGUAGUUGAUGCUCAGAAUUUGCACUCAAACGUUAGUUCGAUCCCAGAACUUUCAGGCCAGGCGAUUAGCCCAAAAAAUAACGUACCUAAGGAACAGAGACGGUUGACUGUCAAACAGAAGAGCGAGUUCAACGAGGAGCGUUUAGGAACAUACACCAUUUCUCGUGAGGAGACAAAACAGGCAGUGAAAGAUGUUGGAUCAAUAACUUACAUAGUCAAGAAGCCUACAGAUUUGGCACAUCCUCAGUCAAAAAGGAAAGUAUGCAGAGAGACAAUUGCGAUUAAAGCCCCAAUUACUACUGAACUGCUAAAAUAUUUUAGGUCAAGGUCCUUUGUAAAGCAUAAUUCUGGUAAUAAAACUCCGAAUACAACUAAUGCAGGCACUGAUGUGCUACCCAAAAGAAAGCCUUUUUCAAGGCCGUACAUAGGGAAUAACAAUCAAAUUCCAAAUUCAACAAACUCUAAUGCGCAAUCCACAACAUUAUUUGUUUCAAGGCAGAACAUCGGGCGUAAGAUUGAGAUUCCAACUGGAGCAAACACUAACGAGCUAUCCUCAAAAACGUCUUGCUUGAGUCAAAACUUUGGGAAGAAGACCCCGAUUCCAACUCGAAAACACACUAAUGUGCGAACCAUAAGAAAAUUACCUUUAAGAGAGAACGUUGGGUGUAAACACACGAUUCUAACCGGAGCAGUCGCUGAUGAGCCACCCAGAGGAUCAUCUGGCUUGAGGCAGAAAUUUGGGAAAAAUACCCCUAUUCAAACAGGAAAAUACACUAAUGUGCGGCCCACAAAAGCAUUUGUUCUAAGGCAGAGAUUUAGCAGUAAGAACAUGAACAGAAGUGGAUCAGGCACUGAUAUGCAAUCGAGAAUAACAUCCGGUUUAAUGGAGAACAUUCGGUGCAAAGGUACUGGAACAACCAGUGAUGAGCGGUCCAAACGAAUAUCUGGCUUAAAACAGAACUUUGGGAGGAAGACACCAAUUAUUACUGGAGGAUAUACUAAUGUGCAGCCCACAAGAAAAUUAAUUUUGGGGCAGAACUUCAGAAGUAAGAUUCUCAUUCGAAAUGAUUUAGGCACUGAUGGUCAAUCCAAAAGAACAUCUGGUUUAAAGAAGAACGUUAGAUGUAAAGGUAGGAUUCUAAUUGGAGCAGGCACUAAUAAGCCACCCAUAAAAUCAUCUUGCUUGAAGCAAAACUUUGUGAGGAAGACCCCGAUUCUAACUGAAAGAUACACUAAUGUGCGACCCACAAGAACACACCUUUUGAGAACGAGCCUUCACAGUAAAAACAUGAUUCGAAAUGGUUUAGGGUCUAAUGUGCAGUCUAGUAGAACAUCUGGUUUCAAGAAGAACGUUAGAUGUAAAGGUAGGAUUCUAAUUGGAGCAGGCACUAAUAAGCCACCCACAAAAUCAUCUUGCUUGAAGCAAAACUUUGUGAGGAAGAUCCCGAUUCCAACUGGAAGAUACACUAAUGUGCGACCCACAAGAACACACCUUUUGAGAAAGAGUCGUAGCAAUAAGAUUCUGAUUCGAAAUGAAUUAGGCACUAAUGUGCAAUCCAAAAGAACAUCUGGUUUAAGGCAGAAAAUUGGAUGUAAGGUGACGAAAAUAACUUGAAUAGGUGCUGAUGAGCCAUCCACACAAACAUAUGGCUUGAGACUGAACUUUGGGAGGAAGACCCCGAUUCUAACACGAGGAUGCAAUAAUCUGCCAUUUGCAAGAGUGUCUGUUUUAAGGCACAUCUUUCGCAGUGAGAUCUUGAUUAUAGGCGGAUCAGGCACUAAUGUGCAACCCACAAGUCCAUCUGGUUUAAGAGAGAAUACUGGAUUAAGAUUCCUGAAAGAGACGUGUGGUAUUACAAGCGUGACAUGAAGGAAGGGAGGAAGGAAGUCUUCACACACAGUGCAUUGUGAAAAUACAUUAUUGUAUCGACUAAAUGAACUGAAUAUGUUAAUGGACUGAUUUUAACACAUCACUGAUGUUGACCUCACGAGGUUGAAACGCGUCUGGCACGAUAUACUUGUGUAAAAAUGUUGUUUGUUCAUGUGAUUUUCUAUAGUAACUGGAGCAGACACUGAUGUGUGAUACACAAUAGCAUUUGUUUUAAAGCAGAACUUUUGUAAUAAGUUUCUGAUCUUAACUGAAGUAGACACAAGAUCUUCUGUUUGAAGGCAGAGCUUUGAAAAUAAAAUACCAGUUCUUACUCAUAAGGGAAGAGAUCCUUCAAGUAUGGUGUAUUUGACAAAUACUUUAAGUUUUUUUAAUAAAAUUUAAUCUACAGUGUAGAGCUAAAUUUUAUUUGAGAGUCAUGUUGCAGAUAUAAUUAAAGCACAGAUUUUGGAACGAGUAUGUGCCAAUUUUACGCAUGCUACUCUGAGAGAUCGGACAACAAAUUAAGCAAAAAUUGUUUAGGAAUAAUUAGCAUAAUGUUUGGAGUAUUAUAUCCGUAGAAGUAAACUGUUUUCUGGUUAUUAUUCAUUGUCCAAUAAAAUCAGUAAAAAGUACGACAUUUCAGAGAUGGAAGUCUAUCUCCGUCUUCAGGUAAAACCUACUC